GAGCUCCCGCCCCUUCCGCCUCGGCGCCCCGCCCAGGCCUCGCCCCUAGGUGUUCCCGCCCCUCCCCCUCCCUUGUGGUUCGCUUUCUGUCAGCCUCUCUCCCUCUCCCUCUCCCCUCUCCUUCCUCUCGCUUCCUCUCUCGCACCUGAGCGCACGCACCUGCCCGGGCCCGGCUCCCUCCUCCUCCUCCCCGCCCUCUUUCCCCGCCCGGCCGCGGGAGCUCGUGGCUGCGUCACCGCCACCCCCCCAGACAAGAUGGACACCGCGGAGGAAGACAUAUGUAGAGUGUGUCGGUCGGAAGGAACACCUGAGAAACCACUUUAUCAUCCUUGUGUAUGUACUGGCAGUAUUAAGUUUAUCCAUCAAGAAUGCUUAGUUCAGUGGCUGAAACACAGUCGAAAAGAAUACUGUGAAUUAUGCAAGCACAGAUUUGCUUUUACACCAAUUUAUUCUCCAGAUAUGCCUUCACGGCUUCCAAUUCAAGACAUAUUUGCUGGACUGGUUACAAGUAUUGGUACUGCAAUACGAUAUUGGUUUCAUUAUACACUUGUGGCCUUUGCAUGGUUGGGAGUUGUUCCUCUUACAGCAUGCCGCAUCUACAAGUGCUUGUUUACUGGCUCUGUGAGCUCACUACUGACACUGCCAUUAGAUAUGCUGUCGACGGAAAAUUUGUUGGCAGAUUGUUUGCAGGGUUGUUUUGUGGUGACAUGCACACUAUGUGCAUUCAUCAGCCUGGUGUGGUUGAGAGAGCAGAUAGUCCAUGGGGGAGCACCAAUUUGGUUGGAGCACGCUGCCCCACCCUUCAAUGCUGCGGGACAUCACCAAAAUGAGGCUCCAGCAGGAGGAAAUGGUGCAGAAAAUGUUGCUGCUGAUCAGCCUGCUAACCCACCAGCUGAGAAUGCAGUGGUGGGGGAAAACCCUGAUGCCCAGGAUGACCAGGCAGAAGAGGAGGAGGAGGACAAUGAGGAGGAAGAUGACGCUGGUGUGGAAGAUGCGGCAGAUGCUAAUAACGGAGCCCAGGAUGACAUGAAUUGGAAUGCUUUAGAAUGGGACCGAGCUGCUGAAGAGCUUACAUGGGAAAGAAUGCUAGGACUUGAUGGAUCACUAGUUUUUCUGGAACAUGUCUUCUGGGUGGUAUCUUUAAAUACACUGUUCAUUCUUGUUUUUGCAUUUUGCCCUUACCAUAUUGGUCAUUUCUCCCUUGUUGGUUUGGGAUUUGAAGAACACGUCCAAGCAUCUCAUUUUGAAGGCCUAAUCACAACCAUAGUUGGGUAUAUACUUUUAGCAAUAACAUUGAUAAUUUGUCAUGGCUUGGCAACUCUUGUGAAAUUUCAUAGAUCUCGUCGCUUACUGGGAGUCUGCUAUAUUGUUGUUAAGGUCUCUUUGUUAGUGGUGGUAGAAAUUGGAGUAUUCCCUCUCAUUUGUGGUUGGUGGCUGGAUAUCUGUUCCUUGGAAAUGUUUGAUGCUACUCUGAAAGAUCGAGAACUGAGCUUUCAGUCGGCUCCAGGUACUACCAUGUUUCUGCAUUGGCUAGUGGGAAUGGUGUAUGUCUUCUACUUUGCCUCCUUCAUUCUGUUACUGAGAGAGGUACUUCGACCUGGUGUCCUAUGGUUUCUAAGGAAUUUGAAUGAUCCAGAUUUCAAUCCAGUACAGGAAAUGAUCCAUUUGCCAAUAUAUAGGCAUCUCCGAAGAUUUAUUUUGUCAGUGAUUGUCUUUGGCUCCAUUGUCCUCCUGAUGCUUUGGCUUCCUAUACGUAUAAUUAAGAGUGUGCUGCCUCAUUUUCUUCCAUACAAUGUCAUGCUCUACAGUGAUGCUCCAGUGAGUGAACUGUCCCUCGAGCUGCUUCUGCUUCAGGUUGUCUUACCAGCAUUACUUGAACAGGGACACACAAGGCAGUGGCUGAAGGGGCUGGUGCGAGCGUGGACUGUGACCGCCGGAUACUUGCUGGAUCUUCAUUCUUAUUUAUUGGGAGACCAGGAAGAAAAUGAAAACAGUGCAAAUCAACAAGUCAACAAUAAUCAGCAUGCUCGAAAUAACAAUGCUAUUCCUGUGGUGGGGGAAGGCCUUCAUGCAGCCCACCAAGCCAUACUCCAGCAGGGAGGGCCAGUUGGCUUUCAGCCUUACCGCCGACCUUUAAAUUUUCCACUCAGGAUAUUUCUGUUGAUUGUCUUUAUGUGUAUAACAUUACUGAUUGCCAGCCUCAUCUGCCUUACUUUACCAGUAUUUGCUGGCCGUUGGUUAAUGUCAUUUUGGACGGGGACUGCCAAAAUCCAUGAGCUCUACACAGCUGCUUGUGGUCUCUAUGUUUGCUGGCUAACCAUAAGGGCUGUGACGGUGAUGGUGGCAUGGAUGCCUCAGGGACGCAGAGUGAUCUUCCAGAAGGUUAAAGAGUGGUCUCUCAUGAUCAUGAAGACUUUGAUAGUUGCGGUGCUGUUGGCUGGAGUUGUACCUCUCCUUCUGGGGCUCCUGUUUGAGCUGGUCAUUGUUGCUCCCCUGAGGGUUCCCUUGGAUCAGACUCCUCUUUUUUAUCCAUGGCAGGACUGGGCACUUGGAGUCCUGCAUGCCAAAAUCAUUGCAGCUAUAACAUUGAUGGGUCCUCAGUGGUGGCUGAAAACUGUAAUUGAACAGGUUUAUGCAAAUGGCAUCCGGAACAUUGACCUUCACUAUAUUGUUCGUAGACUGGCAGCUCCAGUGAUCUCUGUGCUGUUGCUUUCCCUGUGUGUACCUUAUGUCAUAGCUUCUGGUGUUGUUCCUUUACUAGGUGUUACUGCGGAAAUGCAAAACUUAGUCCAUCGGCGGAUUUAUCCAUUUUUACUGAUGGUGGUGGUAUUGAUGGCAAUUUUGUCCUUCCAGGUCCGCCAGUUUAAGCGCCUUUAUGAACAUAUUAAAAAUGACAAGUAUCUUGUGGGUCAACGACUUGUGAACUACGAACGGAAAUCUGGCAAACAAGGCUCAUCUCCAGCACCUCCACAGUCAUCCCAAGAAUAAAGUAGUUGUCUCAACAACUUGACCUUCCCCUUUACAUGUCCUUUUUUGUGGACUUCUCUCUUUGGAGAUUUUUCCCAGUGAUCUCUCAGCGUUGUUUUUAAGUUAAAUGUAUUUGACUUGUGUUCUCAGCAUUCAGAGAGCAGCGGUGUAAGGUUCUGCUGUUCUUCCCUGGAUCUUCUGACUUUACUGCUGUCUGAGAUUUGUAUAUGUGUAAAUACAAGUUCCUUGAUACCCUAAAACCUUGGAUUAAACAGAAUGUGCAUUGUACAUCUUUAAACAAAAUGUAUAUUAAUUUAUUAAAUCUAGUUGUCACUUUAUUUUGGACCUGCUGUGAUCUCGACAGGAAACAUGCCACAGAGCAGUAGUGCACAGGCAAGACUUUUCAGUGAUGCCUUGUGGAGCGCAGUUCAUGAUGUCCUAGCAGCUCUCACUAAGGGAACUGUACAUUCUUUCUUGGCUAUUCAGACCUUACCAAGGACGUUAAAGGAAACAAGUAGAAAUCAGCAGUGGAGUGUCUGUGGUAAGAAAACAUGAACUUUAUGCUUCACUGUUAGUUGUUUGUGGAAGUUAUUUUGUAUAACACCAAAGCUGUUGUACAUUUUCUACUGCCUGAUUUUUUUCAUGUGUCUGUGUUUGUAAUAUUGUAUAGUAUCUUGUGCUAGGUGAGGAAAUUAUUUUUAAUUUUGAUAAUUUAAUAUUCCUAAUGUGAUCAGCAUUGGGAGUUGGGUUUCAGUGCUUGUUAGGGGCGCAUGUCUAUACUUAGAAAAGAGAAAAAAAGUCCAAAUGAAGAUUUUCAUUAGUCCACCCCCCACCCCCCCUGCCCCACAUCGUUUCUUUUCUGUAGCAGUGGCCAGAAGUCAUGCAAGGUCAUAAAUCUUUCAGAAUGACAUCACCAACUGUACUGCAUCUUACUGGAUUUAGGACUUCUGAGAUGCUUGUGAAGUGUAGAUGUGGUUGUGGUCUUAGAUUGACAGCAUUAGAGAAGACUGGUUAGAACAUCUGGUCUCGCUGGUUAGCGCCUCAUUGGCUGAGGACUAGGUGUGCAUUUCUCCUAGCUUUUCGUCAGGAAAUCCCAAAGUUUCCAAAGCUUUUUGUUUACAGAAUAAAACUUCAAAUAAAACCAAUUCAUUAUUUUUCCAGAAGGAAGCUUGGCUGAGCUGGCCUUUUAACAUAGGAAUGUAUUUCAUUGGAAACAUUCUGAAAAAUCUCAGAGAACCGAACCCUUACAAACUUUGUUUUCCCUCAUAACCAAAGCUUCAAAUUAGAAGUUUAGAAAAAUAGAAUGGUUGGGUACAUGAUCUAAGUGUUUAAUGUUAAAGGUAUAUUGUAAGGGUAGUGUUUGUUUUUGAAUGAUACUUUAGGAGGUCUCAUAGAAAGUGUAUAGCAUAGGUCUUCAGGAACUAUAAAAGAAUUUUCAUAUAGUAUUAAAAUCCAGAGACUAAAACCUGAGAAUUGUUAACAUAUGCAAGUCAGCCAAACAUAAGCUACUAAAAUAAAGAGCAGUGUGUUCUGGCUGUUUUAUACUUCAGCAAUUUUCCCCUAAAAGUGGUAAGCAGUUACUUUAAAACACAUUUUUUAAAACAUCAGUAUCAGGAGCUGCGGUGGCUCUGGCCGGUUGUCCUAGCACACAGGGAGGCGAGGCUGUGCGCUCAAGGCCAACCUAGGCAAAAUUUGGAAAAUAAAAAAAUCAGUAUUAGAAAUAAUGCUUCACAUAGGAUUCAGUGUUACACUCUUUGGCACUUUGGAGUAGCCUGUUCUCUCAUUUGAAAUAAGGUCUUUGUUAGCCCUACCUUUACUCAGAAAUGUAGUCCUACUAUAAAAAAUUAGGAUUUUAAAAUAUAAUACUGCCUGUCAUGGUGUAUUUCUAAAUUGUUCUCUUUGGGAGAAAAACAUUAUUAUUGAAUUGAGCAUAUAACUUGAUAAUAUUUGUAGUUUUUUUUUUAACCUUUUUUUUUUUUUUUUUUUUGCCCCCAAGAGGUAGUCUUACUCUGUUGCCCAGGCUGGAGUGCAAGUGGCACGAUCCUGGCUCACUGCAAACUCUGCCUCCCAGGUUCAAGUGAUUCUCCUGCCUCAGCCUCCCAAGUAGCUGGUACUACAGGUGCGCGCCACCACACCUGGCUGAUUUUAGUUAUUUUAGUAGAGAUGGGGUUUCACCAUGUUGGCCAGGCUGGUCUUGGAAGUCCUGACUGCAAGUGAUCUGCCCUUCUUGGGCUCCCAAAGUGCUGGGAUUACAGGUGUGAGCCACCACGCCUGGCCAACUUGAUUAUAUUAAUUUUGGGUUUUGUUUUGUUUUGUUUUUUAAUUUUUCGAAGAAUUUGUGGAUCUUGGUAUAAAGUCAUUGGAACAUAUCUGUUUUAACCGAAAGAGAUCCUAGGCAGAUACCUCAAAAGGUUAAAAAUUCUUAAUCCUACAGAAUUUUAAAUGAAUCUUAUCAAAUGUUUUGUAAACAAACAAUGUGAAUGGCCAAAACAUUGCCCUCCAUUUCACUGGCAGGUAAUUUAUAUUGUCUUAGUUAAGAAUUCUCCCCUAGUUUUUCUAUUGUACUUUAUCCUGUUGUUUUCAAUGAGAUAAGUAUCGUCAUAGAAAAAGCAUUUUCCGGCAUAAUAUUUGCUUGGGUAGAAUUCAGGUUUUAUUAUUAAUAUUAACCAAGAGCCUUUUACAUAUUUAAAACCCAUAGUUCAGAAAAUGCUAGUAUUGCUGCCCUUCUUCACAUAAAUUUUUAAAAGAAUUAUACUAUAAUUUUGCUUCAUUUUAUAUUGGGUUAAAACAGCCUUCAAGAAAGUUAACUAGGAAAGAAGACCUUUUCGUUUUAUUUUUACUGUUUAUAUAUAGAAGACAAAUCAGCAUUUGGGGUUAGUUUUACAUGACCAGUUAUCAAAUGGUCAUAGUAUGAAGUGUGCAGUUGUUCGUUAUUAGUAAAUUAUGUUUGAUUUUUAAACUAUUUAGUACUAAUAGUUGAGAUGAAAACUGAAGAAAAAUGCCAAUGUGAUGUUUGUGUAUAGCUAGCCUUAAAAAACUUCCCAUGUUUUUAGGUGAUUUUUCCCCCCUCUUAGUUCUCUGGAGAAACAAUGAAGAUGGGCCAUUUCAAUUCCAGAUGUAAACAAAAAGUAAUUUUUAUUUCAACAUUUAAUGUAACUGUUAUUGUGGAUUCUUGUUUUGUGUAUUUUCUUUCCCUUAUUGAAGUAAUAGAGAAUAACUUUCCUUCAAAUGAUUUGAUCCAAGAUACGUCAUUUCUGUAUUGGCAAAAUGCCACUAUUAAAAGUGUAAUUCUUGAAUUUAGGUUGAAUUGAUGACUUUUUAAAACAAAACAGUAACACUGGACAUUUCUACAUCGUAUUGCAUUUGCAAAUGUGCGUGAACGCACGUACAUGUGCAGGAGAAUGUAGUGCCAUAAGAACACUGGCACUUUUUAAAACUUUCCAAGUUAGCUACUUAUUUUCAUUUUCAGGGUUGAGUACUCUAAGCUCUCUACUUACUGUGAGAAGUUUUCUACAUUGUAAAAUUAAAAGAUUACAUUUAAAAUACUCCUUUAGGAUAUUAUUCAGCCAUCAAAAAAAAAAAAAAAAAACAACUAAAAUGUGUUACCACUAAAGUAUUAUUAAAAGCCUCAUUUGUGGAGAUUCGCUGACUUCCUUGGUUAAGCUGUCUUGUAUUUACUUAAUUUGUCCUCUCAACCAGGUGUUUUCUUUUCAGCCUGUUACUGCCCUGUGCCAUUUAAAAAAAUAGCCAUCAUGAGUAAGGGCUUCUUUAAAAUAAUCCCUGACAAUAUCUUUGGCAUUAAUAAGACAUAAAGAUAAGACAGUAUAUGUAUGUUUUCAUUCCUGUUUUGUACGAGUGCCUCAUUUUGUAGUCAUGAAAGUAACAGUACCUUAAAUAAAAAUGUAAUGACUAAGGUCUAGGAAUAACUAUUGUAGAAGCUAAAUAGAACACUUAGUUGGGGGUGUCAGUUUUCUAUUAAAGCAAACACCUUAGGUACCCAGACCAAUUUUUAUGUAUAUAUAUUCUGAAAUGCUCCCUUUUUUAUGUGGUCAUUUGUUGCCUUCUAAGUUGAGAGAACAAAACUGAAUAAAGUGAAUGUUAGUUGUAGUCUA